AUGUCAGAAAAUUCACCGGUGGACACAUUCAAAGCACCUCCUCUUCCCCUGCACAAAAGCCACAAAGUUCCCGUCGAUGACGUCCAUUCUACGAAUUUCGGAGUAGUUGAGGAUAUCACCCGCGAAACUGCUAUGCCUGAAGAAGAGCCCCAUUCACCAGUUGAACGUGCAGUUGUUGAAGCGAAGAUCUCAAUAACUCAUCCUGCACUGCACUACACGGCUCCACCAUGGGCCUCUGUGCCGGACCCUGGACAAGGAUACAAGCUGGAGGUAGUCAAGAAUGGUGCAGUUGUGGACACAAUUGAUCUGGAUGUAAGAAAACAUGAAACUUUUGUUGUUAUCGGUCGACUACCUAAUUGCGAUGUUGUGCUUGAUCAUCCAUCGAUUUCUCGUUACCAUUGUGUACUGCAAUAUGGUGAAGACCCAAUGGAUAAGACUGGAAAGGGUUGGCAUGUGUACGAUAUGGGUAGCACGCACGGGAGCAAAGCUAACAAGAAGAAACUUCCUCCGAAGCAGUACAUGCGUAUCAGAGUCGGUUUUGUGCUGCAGUUUGGAGGCAGUACAAGAGUAUUGUCCCUACUGGGACCUUCCUCCGACUGUGAACCCGAAUGGGAGCUUUCUCCAACUGAAAUGAGAGAGAAGAUGCAUAAAAAAGCACUGGACGCGAAACUCGCGGCGGCGGCAAGGAAAGAGUUUGAAGCAGAAAAAGCCAAAGAGUCUGACUCGUCGGAGGGCAUUGACUGGGGUAUGAACUAUGGCGAGGACGAUGCGCCAGCAGCAGAUAUUGAGUUGGAUCCGCACUUAAUGGAGGAUCGCGAGCAGUAUUAUCAGGCAGAUCCCAAGAAGGCGCUGGCGAAGUUCUUCGAACGUGAAGGUUUUGAUAUGGAAUUUCAAUUGUCAGAGCAAGGGUCUGGACAUACGCAUAAGUGGACAUGUUGUAUAGAGUUACCUAUUGAAGUAAAUGGUGUUGAUCGUGCUGUCAUCGCACAAGCUACGGUAUCUACUUCGAAGAAGGACGCCCAAGUACAGUGUGCGUUGGAAGCUUGUCGAAUCCUUGAUGCCCAUGGAGUUCUGAGACGUUCUACUACUAAAUCUCGAACUAAAAACAAGGAUCUAGAAGCAAAUGAUUUCUAUGAUGAUGACGAUGACGAGUACUUGGAUCGAACCGGUCAAAUUGAGAAGCAGCGGGAGAAGCGCAUGAUGUGGGCUAAGAAUAAAACGGGCGAAAAAGUUGAGAAAAAGAGUACAUACGAAUCAUUAUGCACGGAACUUGAGGAAACACGUUCAGCUAUUACUGAAUUAAAGAAGACUCUUGAGGAUAUGCACAACGCGAAAAUGUCACAAAGCACUGGUGAUUCGUUGGAUGAUUAUUGUAGACAGCUAAAUCAAGGAAUGGAUGUGAAGUCAAAAACCGACAUAUCUAUUCUUCGACAAAAACUGGUCGCGCUCACUCAUGACUCCCAACGUUUGGAGAAACUUGUGAAGAUUGCGAAGCCAGUAGCACUACCAGAACUUAAGGUGGCUGGUACCAACACAUCCGGCGCUGAUAAACAAGCUUUCUUACGUAAGAUGAUGAUGCUCGGAAGGAAGAAGGCAGCUGAUGCGAAGGCUGCUGAAAAAGAAGAAGAAAAAGUAGUGAAAGGUCCCGCACAAAUGCCUUCAACCAGUGAAACUUUUAAGCCCGAAAUAGAAGAGGAUGAGGAGAAUAAUUCGGUAUCUGACGGAAGAGCGACCUGCUCGAGUGCUGCCAACAAUACCGAAUCGACCGAAAGAGCCCCGUCCUCCCCUCCCGUUCAACAAAAAGAACGGAACACCGUUGAUCCCAAAAGUGUAAAAGAAGACGUUCCAGAAACUGUUUCAAAAAACAUCAAUUCUACCCCAAAGACACCAGUAACUUCCUCAGAACCUGUUAAAACUAAAAGGCAAAUUGUUGACGAAAUUGUCCACGGAGAUAAGGACGAGCGGUUAAACUUGUCUAAGCGAUCAAUUUCGGAGGACGGAGAGGACGAAGAUGAGAAAACAACACCGAAGAAGAAACGACGCAUGAGAGUCAGAGCUAGUCGACCCACAGUGAGCACUGAAGAUGAUUAUGGAGAUAGUGUCAAUGAUGAUCGCUACGCGACUUGGCUUCCACCCGAAAAUCAAAGUGGCGAUGGAAAAACUGCUUUGAAUAGCAAAUUUGCUGGAAGAUAUUGA